ACAUCCUUGCAUCGUAGUUCUUUCUCGUCAAUCAACCAAGCAAUCACACUUUGUUUCAGCCAACGAUGACGGAAAAAGAUGAUCUUGGGCUGACAAUCAUAGCAAUGAAAGGCGACUCAUUAUCUAGGAACAGACAGGUAGCAUUCAACUUAGCACGAUUCCUCAAAUGCCCUCUCAUCGACAUUCACGACAUCCACCAAGCCAUUCAAAAACCCUCCUCCUCUCAAACCAACAACAACAACACCGAAGAAUCUCCGGCCCUAGAUGCUGCAUACGGCUUCGCUUCGACGCAGCUCAGUUUGAAGUUCCCCGUCAUCAUCAACGGGCCCCACCCGCUCCCCCCUGGCGCCACCAUCGGCAACUUGUGGGGACCACUACUCGCGGCUUCUUCCGGCGCUCGCCUCGUCGCCGUCGAAUGUCACCAUCGAGACGACGCCGUUGCUGCCAAAGGUGACGAUGGCAUCUCAUCGGUCCACGUGGACGCCGAGACAUUCGACAGUAGGGAAGCCGAAGGUGUCGUGUCCAAGAUUCGCUUACUUUUACGUCAACAGAAGCAUAACACUACCACGACGCCGUCCAACAAUAGUAAGGUGGUGGCGAAAGGAAAACAGAGAAGGAAGAACGACCACUUGCACGAAUGGGUGGAGAAGCAACCGAUGAACAGCAACACCGCCGAAGGCUGGGCGUGCAUCGCAUGCCAGGACGGAAACGACGCCGUUCAGAUCGGGACGGUGACGUCUUACUACCAGUGCACCGACUGUGACUUUGCAUUGCACAAACACUGCGCCGAGAAACCGGACAAAACACUCAACGUUCUGGUCCUUCUGAACAGAUGCCCGCCGUAUCUGAAAGGACACCACCGACCAAAAGGGUACGAAUUUCCUUCCAAGGUUAAAUGCAGGAACUGCCGCGACGAUGACGAUGACGUGGAGGAGGAGGAGGAGUUCUCCGCCGUGGACGACUGCCACGAUUGCCUGAUGCAGACGAACCUUCACCACAAGUUCUUGCCGACUGUGCUAAGGUAUAAAGAUCACCGUCUGAAUCUGGUCAUCAUGCCGUUUGGUUACGAUUACAAGUACUUGUGCGGCGACUGCGGCGCAAUCGGGUACUCGGUCGGAUACAAAUGUUAUGAGUGCAAUGAAUGGCCCAAUUACCACGUGGAUUGUGCCCUGGUGCCUGCUUAUAAAACUAUUGUUCUUCGUAGGUAGGGAUGGCAAAUUACCCACCCAUGGGUAAUUAUACCCAAACCCAAGUAGAUCCAUUGAUAAUGGGUUGGGUAUGCCGUAUGGGUGAAGUGCAUAUGGGUUUGGGUAAGGUAUGAAUAUUGCUUCCAUAAUCUAAAUGGGUAUGGGUUGGAUAUGGAUAUCCAUUUACUUGAGGGUGUUUUAACUACACAUGCAAAAAGUGGACCUAUUUGUAAAACUUGAAAAGUUUAGGUACCAAAAUGUAAGACCGAAAAAAUUUAGGUACCAAAACAUAAUUUUCCAUCGAUAUUUUGAGGACUUAUAUGAAAAAAAAUAAUUUUAGGUACUAAAUAUGCAUGUCUACUAAGUUUGGGUACCAAACUGUAAUUUGUAUUUGGGCAUGGGUACAAACCCAAAUCCAUUUGAUAUAAACCCAACUCAACCCAAAGUAAAUGGGUAUGGGUACAAACCCAUCAAACUCUACAUAUAUCCAUCUAUUUGGAUUUCAUACCCAACCCAAUUGGGUUGGAUAGUAAGAAACCCAUGGGUAUGGGCAAAGUUGUCAACCCUAUUCAUAAGUUUAUGCCGCCGCUGCCGUCGCCGCCGCCGCCUCAUUCUCGUUCAAUUGCUAUGUCUCGUCCUUCUUCUCCCAUUUCGCGGGAAUAAAUGGAGUCGACGUAUAGUGAAAGGUACAAGAGUUUUAGGAAUAAUAAUUUGUAACUUGUAUUAUGAAACCACAAAACGGUUUAUAUAUAAUACAAGAAGACUUGUAAAGAGAAUCACAAUACUACAAAGCAGAACUAUUAAAAACUAUACUAAAAGGACAAAAAGAAAUAUAACAUUAUUCUUAAUCUAUCUCUAGCAGAAGGAAUCACUUUAAUUUCUCUGUUUCAGUUUGAGCGUUUGUUUCACUUUUUAAUUGUUUAGUUACCAUAAGGUUUAUGAACUUUAUCGUUCUGCGUGGAUUGGCCUUGGGUUUGUAAUUCAUAUUAUAUUGGCUCAAGGUUUGAAAUAAUAAGUUCUCAUCACCACCACUUAAAGAGUGAAUUGCGAAUAAUUAUAUAUCUGAACUUUUAAUCUUGGGUAUAGUUCAAUUCUUUUUUAUCUCGUUUCAACCACAACUAUUGUUUAAGAGAUAAAUUAUAAAUAAUUAUAUAUGUCAAUGACGUAGCACUCACGUUUUCUGUCCUUUAUUGUUUUUUUAUUAUUUUAAUUUCAAAAUAUAAAUAAUUAUACUUGUUAAUGACGUAGCAGUCACAUUUUUUUCACGUCGACAAAAAGUCAACAAUAGUUGAAUUUGUAAUGUGUCAUUCGUUAACUUUAUGUCUUUCAUUUAUCAAUACCGUAUUUUCCUACGUAUACUACGUGUUAUCAAUGAAUCUUUCACUUCUUGUCUUUCAUCAUAUUCGAUUUUAAAUGACUUUACGUGUUCAAUCAUGUACUCUUCUUAUAAGUUAGGUAUAUACUUUUCUUAGCAAGGAAAAGAUGUGUGGGUCAUGACUCAUGUACGUACAUAUAGUAGUUCCCAUUUUCUUUGCCCAAGUUACGUUCUUCGCAAGGAAUUAAAUUAGUUAUGCUUGCGGGCUGCUGGGUUUCCUCUAAUCACAAGUAAUAUAUUCAUUGCUUCUCCGCCAAAAAAUUAUAUGUAUGUGAUUAGACGACAAAAGUGGAAAUUAAAGUGUUAAUAAUUACAGUUUUGGUCAAUCAAUAUAUAUACACACAAACACAUGCACACACGUCCUUGCAUUUGUAGUUCUUUCUCAUCAAUUAAUCAAUCAAUCAAUCAAUCACACUUAAUUUAUUUCAACCAACGAUGACGGAAAAAGGUGAUGUCGGCGGACUGACGAUCAUCGCAAUGAAAGGCGGCUCACGAUGAAUCUGCGGCCCUAGGUUCUGCAUACGGCGUCGCUUCAACGCAGCUCAGUUCAUCAGGCUUAUGCCAAACCACGAGACUUUAGUUUGCACAGGUUGGACAUAUCAUCUCUUGUGCUAAACAAAUGGUUGAAAAUGGG